UAAAGGUAAUUGGGAUUUCAUAAAUUAGCGUAGAAUUGGGUUUUACAUAAAUUGUAAGAUAUUGACAUAAUUAUAACUGUAUUGUUGAAUCAAAUAUAAUUUAAAGUUUCCAAGUUUUUUUUUAUAAUUCACCAACAUUUAAAUUGGAUACACGUAAAAAAUGUUAAUAUUUAAAAUUUUAAGUUUCUUUCUACUCUUUUAUAUUGCUAAAACAGAACUAUCAAUAAAGUGGAAUGAAGAGGAAAUUGAAAGGACUGUGAAGCCAAUUGUUAUAAAAUUACAAAUAUCAAUGGAUAAUUAUCAAUGUUCUUAUUGUUAUAACCCAAAACAUCAUUACAAAAGUCAUUUUGGAAUAAUAAUUAGGAAAGGGACAACUUUUACUGUAACAAUUCAAAAUUCAAAAUCAGUUGAAAAUUUAAAAUUUUUAUGUCCUACUGAAAUAUCAGAAGAAUUUAUCAAAAAAGAUUUUGCUGGAAAGAGAAAUAGUACAAUAGAAUUUACAACAAAUGUUGACUGCGUUCCAUUAUUAUCAGUUUCAUAUAAUGUACCAGUGGUGGUAAAAAUUAAAACUAAAAAUUGGACAAAUUUACCUAUUUUUGAUUCGAGAAAUUUAACUUUUCUCACCUCACACAAAGCUGAACAUGAAUUUUACAAAAAUAUUCAAACCUAUGGUUUUGUUGAAAAUUAUUAUACACAAAUGUUAGUGUCAGCAAACGAUAUUAAAGAAAUAUUAUCAAAAAAUUUGAGUUUAUUUAUUGCAUUGCAAAAUCAAGUGGAUGUAAUAAAAUACUAUAAUUAUUUAACAGCUGCCAGUCGAUAUGUAGAUAAAAAUGAUUUUAUUUCAUUUGUUUUAAUUGACAAGCAACGAGUUUUCCUUCGCACGGAAAAAAAUCAUCCUGAAACUUCCGGAAUUUCUUCAACAUUUUGGAUAUCAUUUACAUUUGGAUCAGCACAUGUUUUGUUUACAACUCGAAAUAAUAACUGGCUUUUAAUUCACGAAUUUGCACAUUCAUAUGAUAUUGAAACUAAAACAAUUGAUUUUGGAAUAAUUUUGGAAGUAUGGACAAAUAUUUUUUCUGCAUUCUAUCAAAAUAAAUUUAAUUCCAAGGAUUAUUGGUUUAAAUUUUCAGAAUCAGAUAAGAAAAAAUUUGUAUCAGUUUAUCAAAAUAAUGUUCCUUUUGCUAAGUGGAAUUAUAAAGAAAAAUUACAAUUUUUCUUGAAUUUAUUUGCCUACGAUGGUACUGAUAAAGCAUUUAGAGAAUUUAACAUUCGUUACUAUUCAAAAGAAUAUGUCAACAAGGACUACAUAAUUCCAUUAAUUUUAGAAGUAUUUUUCGAUCUUUACAAUAUAAAUUUAUUGCCAUUUUUGAAAAAAGUGAUUAAUUUUAAAAGUUUUAAUUUAGAUUUAGAAUUACGACUUUUAUCUGCUCAUCCAGUAAUGCCUGCUAUUGAUUUUAAUGUAAAGCCAACAGAAUUAUCAGCCAAAAGUAGAGAAAAAGAUUGGCGGCAAUCUUUACCUUUAAUGUUAAUGCGAAAAAUGAAGAAAAAUUAUGUCGACGUUAAUUUUACCAUUGAAUCACCAAUUGAUCCAAGAAAUUUUUGUCUUUAUUUGAAUAACAAUUGUCACAAUAUUACUGGAAAACUAAUGAAUAUUAAAUUACAGUCUGAUGUUUAUUCUAUUUUUAUAGCGAAAGAAAAAAAUGGAACACUUUAUAUUAGUGAUAUGGACUAUCACAUUAUUUCGCAAGAAACAAAAAUUCAUUUGAUAGUUAAUGAAAUUACACAAAAUAGUGUAUUUUUACCAUUAGUGUAUUAUGAAUUUCAUGCCCUAGGUAUUGCUGACUGGCGUUUUUUAAACAUAUUUAUAAACUUUAAAACUAUGACAAUAGGAAUACAACAACUUUCUGGCACAAUUCAUAAUUAUUUUCCACAGGAAUUAUAUUUUUCGAUAAGUUUAGAACGAAAUGGUUCUUUUAUUUUUGAUUACAAAUUAAAUGGCACCCAGAAAAAUGAACAGCUUAUAAAUGUAGCACAUAAAUUUAUAGCCAAUGAUAAAAUUCAUAUUUUCCAUGCAGAACCAAGUCGUCUAAUGUUUAAUUCGAAAAAAUAUAAUAAAUUAAAACAUAAUACUCUUGUUCUGACAAAUGUAGGUUUAAAAAAUGUUAAAGACAAUGAUUUUAGAAUUAUUUCUUCGGAUAUUAAAAGAAUUGAUGAAUUUAAUUCAAAUUAUAAUAUAGAGUUAAGUAAUAAUGCAUUGUAUCAAAUUUAUUUUUCACAUUAUAUUCGUAGGUUACGUUUUAAUAAGAUGCAAAAAUACAUUCCAAAGUCUUGGAUUUAA